AUGAAAAUAAGACAUCGACAAGUACCAUUUGUUGACGAUGAGAUCAAAGAACUGAUGAAAAAUAGAAAUAGAUUACACAAAUUUGCUCGUCUAACCGGAAUGCCAGCUAAGUGGGAGAAAUAUCGUGCGCUUCGAGAUAAAGUUAAAUGUAAGCUACGCCAAGCAGAAAAAGAUUAGGUACACAAUGAAAUAUAUAAUAACCCAAAUAUAGCAUCGAUGUGGAAAGUCAUCAGGAAUUGCGUUCCUCGUAAAGAGACCACGAAACCAAGUUAUCCCGGAGAUGUUAAGAAAUUAGCUAAUUAAUUCAAUACCUUUUUUACCUCAGUGGGGAUAAAUACAUCAGCAACUGCAUUGGCAUUGCUUACUGAACAUGGACUACCCAUACUGAAUCCACCAACAGCUACCGAAAUACCUGAGAUCGAUCAGUUUUAUUUCCAUUCAGUAUCGUGUAGUGAAAUAAGUAGGGUUGUUAUGUCCUUUUCAUCAAAUAAGGCACCAGGAUUUGACAAAGUAUCAAUGGCUGUGAUCAAGGACGCCUUACCGUACAACCUUCCUACACUUACGCAAAUUGUUAAUUGUUCCCUGGAAACAGGUGUUUUCCCAACAGCCUGGAAGAAAGCAGAGGUUAUCCCACUUCUGAAGGAAGGGGAUUAUGAAAUUCCGAAUAAUAAUCGGCCCGUGUCGUUGUUAGUGGCUGCAUCUAAGAUCUGUGAACGCGUGGUAUUGAAACAGUUAACAGAGUAUAUGACAAAGAGAAAAAAGUUUACUAAACAUCGAAGUGGAAAUAGGAAGUUACAUUCAACCGAAACAUUAAACAUAUUCAUCUCAGAUUUAAUUCUCCAGUCCAUGGAUCGUAGAGAAGUGACUGCUUUACUCUUACUGGACUUGUGUAAAGCUUUUGAUAGCUUAGAUCAUUUCAUUCUGCUAAGAAAACUUUCGAAUAUUGGAAUCUCGAAGCCUGCGUUGUUUUGGUUUAAAAGCUAUUUGACAGGCAGGUGCCAAUCAGUACAUAUAGCGUCAGUGUUAUCUGAUGAAUGUGAAAUAACUCGCGGAGUUCCGCAGGGAUCGACACUGGGUCCGGUGUUAUUUAAUAUAUAUAUCAACGACUUGCCUGGUGUACCAAAGGAGUCCAAUUUGGAGUCGUAUAUGGAUGACUCAAAAAUAUAUUUAGCAUUCUCAAUUAGGGAUGCCGAGUUGGCAGCUAUGAAACUCACAGAACACAUACGAAGAAUUACCGCUUGGUGCUGUCUUAACAGUUUGUUGGUGAAUCCAGAAAAAACUAAGUUGCUUAUAUUAGGUACUAGGCAAAUGUUAGAACAGGUACCUGAAAAUUUUCAAAUAACUAUCCUUGGUGAGAAUAUUACCCCAGUUGCUGUUGCAAAGGAUUUAGGGAUGAUAUUGGACUCAUGUUUGAGCUACGACGAACAUAUCGCAAGCGUUGUUUCACCUUGUAUCGCUGGAUUGGGCCAAAUUAG